AUGGCCGCGUUAUUGCUUCAAUUAAAUUCAUGUUCACGUAAAGUUCUUUCCGAAGCUUACAGCUGUUGCUUAGGUUCGAUACGUUAUAAAUCAAAGAUAAAUAUUCCAUCGUAUAGGAGUACAUAUGGUAUUAAAAUAUUAGAUUCAUCUCAUGUAAAUCCAAAUCAAAUUUUAGUUCGACAAAGAACAUUAGAAUGGUUACCCGGAUUAAAUGUUAAAAUAUCAGGAAAUGGAGAUCUUCUUGCUAAAGUCUCCGGGAAAGUUUUCAUUACUUAUGAGAAAACAAAUUUGAAUAGAGAAAAUAGAUUCGUUAAUACAAAUUAUUCUGAUUCUUUACCCAAAUACAAAGUUUAUUUUAAUGUUAUUCCUGAUCCUGCACAUCAAGUUUUUAAAUUAAUCGAUACUAUUUGGUUAGUUUGUUAA